GCCGGGGGGAGGCGAAGCUUUUGCGGGCAACGGGCUCGCCCGGAGCGGCGGCACCGGCCACCGGGAUCGACAGCCACCGGGAACGGGCAGGGCCGGUGGGAAGGAUGUUUUCCUCAGUGAAGCCAUACGAGAACCAGCGCUACGCCUCCCUGAAGAAGGAGUGUCAGAGGCGGAAGCAGCUCUUUGAGGACCCGCUUUUCCCCGCCAACGACGACUCGCUCUUCUACAAGUCAAGGAUCCAGGGCAUCCAGUGGAAGCGGCCCAAAGAAAUCUGCGAUGAUCCGCACCUCUUUGUGGAUGGGAUCAGCUCCCAUGACUUACACCAGGGCCAGGUUGGGAACUGCUGGUUCGUGGCUGCCUGCUCCUCCCUGGCAUCCCGGGAGUCUCUGUGGCAGAAGGUCAUCCCAGACUGGAAAGAGCAGGAAUGGAACCCCGAGAAACCUGAGAGCUACGCAGGGAUCUUCCACUUCCAGUUCUGGCGUUUUGGUCAGUGGCUGGAUGUGGUGAUAGAUGACCGCCUGCCCACACUCCACAACCAGCUCAUCUACUGCCACUCCAACUCCAGGAACGAGUUCUGGUGUGCCUUGGUGGAGAAAGCUUAUGCCAAGUUGUCAGGUUGUUACGAGGCUCUGGAUGGAGGUAACACAGCUGAUGCCCUGGUAGACUUUACUGGUGGGGUCUCUGAACCUAUCGACCUGACUGAAGGGGAUUACAUCGCUGAUGAAGCCAAGCGAAACCUCCUCUUCGAGCGCGUGUUGAAGGUGCACAACCGAGGAGGCCUCAUCAGCUGCUCCAUCAAAGCCACGUCGGCAGCUGACAUGGAGGCCCGCCUGGCCUGUGGGCUGGUGAAGGGCCACGCGUACGCGGUGACGGACGUGCGGAAGGUCCGCCUGGGCCACGGCCUGCUGUCCUUCUUCAAGUCGGAGAAGCUGGACAUGAUCCGCAUGCGCAACCCGUGGGGUGAGCGGGAGUGGAACGGCCCUUGGAGUGACACCUCUGAGGAGUGGCAGAAAGUGAGUAAAAGUGAGAGAGAGAAGAUGGGGAUGACAGUGGAAGACGAUGGAGAGUUCUGGAUGACCUUUGAAGAUUUCUGCAAAUACUUCACAGACAUCAUCAAGUGCCGUCUCAUCAACACGUCGUACCUGAGCAUCCACAAGACCUGGGAGGAGGCAGUGCUACGUGGGGCCUGGACCAGAAACAGUGACCCAUUGAAGAACCGCUCUGGAGGCUGUAUCAACCACAAGGAUACCUUUUUGCAGAACCCUCAAUACGUGUUUGAUGUGAAGAAGGCAGAAGAUGAAGUGCUCAUCUCCAUCCAGCAGAAGCCAAAAAGGACCAGUCGCAAAGAAGGCAAAGGAGAGAACCUGGCCAUAGGCUUUGAUAUCCAUAAGGUGGAGCUGAACAGGAACUACCGGAUGCACACCCUGCAGCAGAAGGUGGCCAGCUCCAUUUACAUUAACUCCCGCAGCGUCUUCCUGAGGACGGACCUGAAGGAAGGCCGCUACGUCAUCAUCCCCACCACUUUUGACCCUGGUCAUGUAGGCGAGUUCCUGCUCAGGAUUUUCACGGAUGUGCCUUCAGAUUGCCGAGAGCUGACACUGGAUGAGCCACCACACACCUGCUGGAGUGGGAUGUGUGGUUACCCACAAGUGGUGUCCCAGAUCCAUGUCCUUGCUGCAGCCGGGCUCAAGAAUCAGGACUCCCAAGGAGGAGCUGACCCUUAUGUGAUCAUAAAGUGCGAAGGGCAAAAAGUUCGCUCUCCGGUGAAGAAGAACACUGUGUCUCCAGAAUUUGAUGUGAAAGGGCUUUUCUACCGCAAGAAGCCAGGACAACCCAUCAUUGUUCAGAUCUGGAACCACAACCUAAUAAGUGACGAGUUCUUGGGCCAAGUGGCCCUCACAGGGGAUCCCAGUGACCGGCAGUCGGUGCACACCCUGCACCUCCAGGACAAGGGGAACAAGAGAUCGAACGAUCUCUCUGGAACCAUCGCUGUGAGGCUGCUCAGCAGUAACAUCCUCACCAACGUCUAAGUACUCACAGACUCUUCUUCUGGUGCCACAUACGUGUAUAUAAACAUGCACACGUACAUACAUAUAUAUAUACACACAUACACAGAGCCUACCAACCAUCUGCAAGGUGUAUAUGAACCAUGCAUGCAUUCCACUCAAAGGAGCCAAUCUUGUGUUUUCAAUGUUUAAAAAAAAAAAAAAAAAGGUGCCUUUUUGGGGAACCGCAACGAUCCUUCUGCUGGCGUCCUCCGCAGCCCCAGUUCCCACCCUGUGCCCCGUGGGAUGGCCGUGGGCAUGCCAUGUGUCCUGACAGCCACAGCGCAGUGCCCUGAUGCUGUUUGUUUACACGGGCUGGCACACAGGUGCCACCACGCACACGUGUGGCCACCGCGGUCCCACCCGCUGCUUCAACGCCCCUUCGAUGUCUCUGCUUGGUUCUAGAGUAGUGUGUGUGGAGUCAUCUCCUGUGAAAACUGCCGUUUAAUCGCUUCUCUGUGGAGGCACCUCAGCAAAGGAGAAGUAGAAAAACAGAUUGGGGGCCUCUUGGAUGUUUUCUGGGUAUGGGUUUGCCUACUGCAACUGGAAGGAUGCACCAAGGCAAUCCCAAAUCCACAGGGGCAACGAGACUAAGGGCUCUAUCAUUUUUUGGAACAAGCUAUCUCCUCCUGAGUCUUGUUCAACCCCGUGCAGCUCUGGAAGGAUACAAAGAUGCCCCAACAACCAUGGUGGAACAACUGUUCUCUGGGGUCAAGCUCUUGAAUCGGUCUGGACUCAGCUCCUGCGUGUGCCUCUCGAACUGCCACGGUGCCUGCUGUCCCCAUGUCUUCAUGCAGUCCCCAUCCCAAGAGCUCACCCCAGUAGCUGGGCUGGAUUGUCUGCUGGGGCCGUUGAGUGUUUAGGUAAGAGGGGAUCGGUUCUUCUGAAGGCCAAAGCAUCAGGUCCAAGGGAUGGGGAGCUUUGCUCAACGGGCUCCAUCUUUUACCGCUGCAUACAGUGCAUCAUUUCUCAGUGCCUCGCUUUCCCAAGUUAUUUUUUAAAAAUGGUGGGAUUUUAGCUUGUACUAGAGAAGAGAAGAGGAGUGCUGCUCCCAGCGCAGCCUGAAAGUGCUGGGAAUAUUUCAUUCGUGCCAGUGUCCAUCUCUCACCUUUGAUUUCCAGUCUCCCGGACUGGAGGAUGAGUUGCACAGUGCUAGAGCCAGUCUCACAAGCACAACCCAAAAACCAUCCCUGGGGCCAUGCCUAGGGCCAUGCUCUGCUCCUGGUUGCCAUGAAGACUGGGUUUAUCCUCCUUAUUCCACUGGGUGGCAGAAUCCGGCUUCUUAAAAACCAUCCCAGAUAAGCCAAACAACAAACCCUUGUCUGGCCUUUCAAGCAGCUGAUCAGGGCAGGUUUCAAACCAUUUUUUCCCCCUGUUGCUUAGGUUGGGUUUUUUUUUUUUUCUUCUUCAUGUGCCUUUAAAAAUGGUGCAAGGUAAGGGUUUUUUCUGUCAGAUUUUCUAAAGAGCAAAUCUUUUGCAGUCACCUGCAUGCAAGUGGAAAUGAAUUUCUAUGGUGUAAACUUAUCAUCUUGGUAAAUUUUGGGCUGAGCAGAGUCCUCUGCUUGCAAGGACAAAGGGACAUGAAAGCCUUCUUUUGCCAUAGCAAGUAGGGUUUUUGUUUGUCCAACUAAAUAACUAUGUUUAUGCUGCAAAUCUGUAUUUUUUUUAAAGUCCCUAAAAAUCUACUAAGUGUUUAACAUGGUAAGAUGUUCCCCAAAUUCAUCUGCAAUCUCAAUGUUAGCUGCCAUCUCAAUUGUUGGUGCAUCCAGAAGCAAAGAGUAAAAUUUCAUUGAUUUUUGCAGGCUGUUGUUCCCCUUUCCUCAUCUUCAGGGUUUACCUCCUGUGGUUAUGAAUUGAGUUUUUGACCAAAUUGCUUAUUUUCUCUAGGUCCUUUUUUCCAAGCUUAGAGGCAAGUUGUGGCCCACAGGAUGCUCAUCCCAAGUAUUAGCUAUUCCUGGCUUGUGCUGAGCACCCUCCAGCUCCUGUUGCCAUCACCGGGACCUGGUUUAGUUGAGCAGAAUUGGCUCAAAUGCUCCUAAUUUGAUAAAGUGGCAUUUUGACCCCAAGGUCAAAGCAAAGCCUUGAAUUUGGGCAGACCAAUUCAGAGAUGUUUCGAUUUUAUUCUGGCUUUGUUCAUUGGACUCACCACUGAAAAUAAAUGGAAGCAGCAUUUUGGGGGCAGGAUGUAGGUCUUAGGAGAAGAUCUCACAGACUGACAUUGAGAGUGGUACGUGAGAGGGUCUGUGAUGCCCAAAGAUACCUCACCUGGCAGGGAGAAGCUGUUUAUCUAAGGGAGAACAUCCCAGGAACUUCCCAGCAGCUUUGCACCAUCAUCGGCAGCUGGAGUUAGCCAGCCUGCCAGCUUUAGCCUUGUUUUCUCAGGAAAUCAGGCUACUGAUAGCUUCAGCAAAGGAGAGCCAUUUGGCCAGGAGUGCCCUGCCACAUGCCAAACUGCACCGUGAUCCCCAAGGAACGGUGCUGAAGCUUGCUGAGGAGUAACCAUGCCCUGGUACCCAUGGGCAGCUUCCUUCCUACAAAGAUUCAAGCCAUAAAGAGAGGAAAGGCAGCUUUUUAACAGCUUCCUCAAAAAAAAAGAAAAAAAAAAAAGAAAGAAAGAAGCAAAAACCUUUAUCACACUGUAUCAGGACCAAAAUGUCUUAAUAUUAGUAAUAUUGUUCCUUUUUUUUUUAAUAAAAAAGAAACUUUUGAAAAGCUAAUGCAGAAGCUUUCUUCCCCUUACAUUUCCAACGGAAUAACAAAAAAUACCUUUUUGCUUUUUUUUUUUUUUGUCUUUUUUGUAGAGGAGUUAUUGAAAUGCUAUUCCUGAUGUUGAUGCCUUUUCUCUUUGAAUGAAGUAAACAGAAAUAUUCAGGGUUU